GCACUGGCUUGCUGCGGAAGUAUUACAUACUCUAAAUAAGUAAAUAUAUCAGCAUUCAUGUAGUACAUAGUGUAGUACUUUUGGAUGUGAUUGUGUCGCAGGGUAUUACAUUCCUAAAGACUUCCCAUAAAGACUUUCCACAUGCAUUUAAAUACGAUAGCAAAUAAAAAUAACGGAUACCUAUUGUCAGAUUUUUACGACACACUCUUGCUUGCUUGCUACGAUUGAAGCACUCUUCUAAAAUCAUGACGGGGCUCACUAAUUCUCGACUAGCUCUAUCUCUGGCACUUCUAGCAAGCUCGUGUUUCGCUGCAAUAGACACAGAGAAGCAAGCUGAUCUAUCAGUUGCGAAUACUUAUGUACCACAAGAGGAAGGUGCUUUGACAAAACAAAUAAUGGCCGCUGAUCCAGGAGAUACACUCGUAUUGUCAGCAGGAUAUACUUAUAAAGAGCCCGGAACUCUCUAUAUCGAGAAAG